AAAAGUUUUAUUUUUAUUAGUAUGUUUGCAGUACACAAUGAUUACAUUAUGGGGGGGUACACACAUGCACAUAGCACAACUAACUUCACCCACUUCCUCUCUCUCGGUCCUGUUCCCGAAGUAACCAGACAAUGCCAAGAAACAAAAGCAGCCGUAUUUCCACGGAAACUUUCUGCACAAAAGCCGCGUGGCGGGCCGCGUUCAGUGUGCCCCAUCACCGCUGAGAGCACAUGCUCUACGCCCCUACCUACUGCUCAGGGCCGUCUGCUGCUUCACGCAGGCCCGAGAACCAGCUAUCGCCUCAUCCCUGGCCUGUUCUGCUUCUUUGAAGGCUGAAAUCCGAGCCACGAAACAUUUGCUUCUGUUAUUCUGACCCCGUGAUUAAGAAACUGCUUCUCCUUCGCCACUGGGUGAUCAGAAGCAAGUCACGCAUGCCUGUCACUCUCCAGGUCUUCGUCUGUAAAUGGGAAAGCAAUAUACCAGGCUCCGUGGGGUGAAGACAAGGAACGACCUGAUGAGACCACCCAAGAGGGCCGGGGCGGCCCGCGGUCACGGCCUGCAGGAGCGGGUACCGCAUCACGGCUCGGAGGCGGUCACAAAGCUCGGAACGCUCACAGAGGCCCGGCAACCUGCCCAGGUCUCGCGCGUCGGAGCACCAGGCGCUCUCCUUAACGUCCAGCAUUCCCAGCGGAGGGAACUCCCCGGCAAGGCCGACCCAAGACACCCGGAGAACGCGGCCGCGAACCCACGGAUAAGCCCCGCCCGCGCGGGCUCG